AUGUCUCUUAAUCAAAAUAAAUAUUCUGAGAAUAACCCUUUUUCAGUUAAACAAAAUAAUACUAUCUACAAGUAUCACAUUAUUAAUGAAGGAAUUUAUCUACCAAAGGAUAAGCUAAGUUUUACUUCAACGCAAUGUAAAAUUAAGUAUGAGUUAAAUGGACCUAUUUUUAGAAUUAGAUUUCAAGAAGACUCUCAACAAAAUAUUAUAGAAUCUAAAGAAUCUCCAAGUGCCGCAGCUAAUAACUAUUUAUGGAAAAAAAAUCCAAAUAAUCCAUGCGCAAGAAUAUCUGGUGUACAUGUAUUUGGCCUUAAUAUUCUGGAUAUAGAAAGAGAACGCGAAGCUUUUAAAAAUGAAGUUCCUAAUUUUUUUAAUUCUAUCAAUCGACCAGUUUUACAAGAAAUUCGAUUCUAUGUUCAAGAUAAGGACUACUUGGCCAAUUAUCAUAAUAAAGAAAAAACCAGCUCUUUUGAUGCAUUUGUAAAAGUUAUUGACCAAGACACAAGAAAAAAAAUAAAUGAGGAAAUGAAUGAAAAAGUUCCUAUUAAUAUUUUAAGUGCUAAGAAUGUAUCUCUUAUAACAACCAAUGAAAUACCUCAUAUCAAUGACCAAGAAAUCGAAAAGGAAAUAUUAAAAUACAUUGGAAAAGCCGGAUACAGACGAGUUACAGAUAUUUUGCUCUUCAUAAUUCCAAGUCUUGUUAAACAAAAUAUUCUCAAUAUAAAUAAUUCAAUAAUUCAUGUUCGCUUAUCAGGAGACGGCCGCAACGUAGGUAAAAAAAUAAAGCACGUAAUGAUGACAUGUACUAUUUUAGAUGACAUUUCAAAUAUUCACAAGGCUGACUCGCACAAUACCGUAAUUCUGUAUCCGGGAGGUGAAAACUAUGAGAUGUUGCAACAAGUAAUGAAAUCACUAAUUAGUGAACUGCAUAGCUUAAUGGUUAAUGGGCUAGAAGAUUCUAGUGGAAUUAAAUGGAAAAAAGAUAUUGGCAAUAAAGACAAGGUGUAUAGAAUUGAAAAAGACAUGGAUCAACUUAAGGAAAAAUUUUUUAAUAAUUCAACUCCUACUUUAAAUUUACCACCACCUGGACAUAUUAAACCUCCUCUUCUUCCUAUGAUAUCAUUAAAUAAUUAUGUGCCUGAUGAACUUCACAUAAUGUUAAGAAUUUGGGAUAGGCUUUGGGAGUUAGUGAUCCAAGAAUUAAAAUCUGAAAAUAGAUACAAUACUUAUACUAGAGCAAUUAUAAGCAUAGAAAUGAAAAGAAUCUCUGUCGGAUUUCAAUUUUGGCCAGAUCAUAGUAUGCAGAGUUGGUCUUACACACCUCUUAUAGAAGGUGAUAAAGAAAAGGUUUUGCGCGAUUUUAAUUUUGAAGUCAUUUUUAGUGAAGAAAGAGCUAUGUUAAUUAAUCGCUUGUGA